GUCCCGGUCGGGGUCACCUGACUGUAGAGUAAGUUGGGCAUGGCGUCUUUCUUGGUAGCUGGCGAGCGGCUGCUUCGCGCUCUGGACGCCGGCGGGGAGCUGGAGCCAGAGCAACUGCCCCGCAACCUGCGGGCUGAGCUUGAGGCCGCGCUGGGGAAGAAACACAAGGGCGGUGGUCGUCCCAGUGGCCCUGCGCACCUGGUUUCCUUUCGCCUGAUUCGGGAUCUGCACCAGUACCUGAGGGAAAGGGAUUCCACACUAUACCUUCAUGAGCUCCUAGAAGGCAGUGAAAUCUACCUCCCAGAGGUUGUGAAGCCUCCCCGGAACCCAGAGUUAGUGGCCCGUCUGGAGAAGAUUAAGAUACAACUCGCCAAUGAGGAAUAUAAGCGGAUCACCCAAAAUGUCACCUGUCAGGAUUCAAGGCAUGGUGGGACUCUCAGUGACUUGGGAAAGCAAGUGAGGUCAGUGAAGGCUCUGGUCAUCACCAUCUUCAACUUCAUUGUCACGGUGGCAGCCACCUUUGUCUGCACUUACCUUGGAAGCCAGUAUAUCUUCACAGAAAUGGCCCCGAAAAGGCCACUCUCUGCUCUCAGCCUCUUCCUCCGUCUCAGCAUACCCUGUUUUCUCUGGUGCAGCCAGGUCCAUGGAGAAAGGGGGAUGCUGGACAGGAGGCCAGAGGAACAAGAAAUGUGGGGCCUUUCAGCUUCUCAUGGCCUGCUGUAUGGAGAGGGAGAGAGAACUGGUGUGUGUUGAGAGGUUUACAUAUCACGCACUACAUGAGGCCAUUCACCUACAUUAUUGCUUCUCACUCACAGAAUGGAGAGAAGUAUUAACCAUUCCCAUUUUUCAGGCUCAUAGAUUUUCAGAGAGUUGAAGGUUCAGGAGUAAAGCCAGAAUGCGAAUCCAGGGCAAACCUAUGGCAAGCACCAUGCUUGUCUCUCUGAAGUAGAGCAGCUCCGGAAGUGGAAGAAGGUGGAUGUCCUGGAACCAGUGGGACCAGGAGCAGGGGGUCAGAGCCCUAAGCCUUUUAAUUAACCAUCCCUCUAAUCCCAGCAAAAGCCUGGGUAACACCUCCCACCCAGAAUCUGCAGAACCUGGCCCUAUUUAGGGAUUAGAUGAUGGAGAUAAAUUUCAAAAGCAAAUGGCCCCCAUCCCCAUUCAUUUGCAGUGCAUAACAAUCCAGAUGAAGGUAUAGUGUUGGGCCUUAUUUGGAGAUGAGAUGGUAUUACAGAUGACAGUGAUAAAAAAAAAACCCAAUGCUGCCACACACACACUGUGCCGUCCCAUCCUAAAUCUGUCAGGUUGUCUCCACAUUUCAGGUCACAAGCAGCCAGUCUGAUCUUUGUGAAAAUGGAAUCAGUGUAAACCCUGGCUCCUCUUUCUACUUUAUUACUUUAAUAUCACUUCCUGUGCAGAUCCAUGGUUCUGGUUAAUUUGCCCAGGUGCUAGGAGGUCAGGAGAGGAGGCCCUGAAUUAUAAAAGGGUCAGUCCCCAGUAGUCUGGAACUAAGAUCAGCACUCUCCUCUUCUAGUUUACUUAGCAGUUAGUAGGUAAUGGCCUGAACGUGAGGGGCAGCUACCCAUUAUUUAGAGGGAAGAGAUGGGGACCAGGCCUGGCAGGAGAGAUAGAGAACAUGGCCUCCUACCUCAUCCCCCAGAAGGCACCUCCUGCUGAGACCAUGGGCACAUGCCCCAGGAGGGGCAGGGUGCUGGGUAGUAGGAGUGGGCUCCAGUCACUCCACAGGACCCACAUCUAGAUGGCCUGGAGGAAGUGUUAGGGAGGGAUCUCUGUGCUACACUUCUUCCAUAAGAGAAUUCCCUUGUGUAAACGGAUGGGGAAGGGAAUCCACUUCUGAUAUGUUCAGUCCUACAGGCCAGGGUGGACUGCAGGAGCCAGAGGAGGGGUCUUGCAAGUUCUGGGCCUAGAUAGGAGUGGUCCAGGUUGGUGACAAUGGCGAGGCAUAGAUGAGGUCAGACAGAUCUGGGAAGUAGCUUGCUCUGAAGAAUGGUAGACCACUGAAGCCCCAGCUGGUCCCUGUGGGGCUGCAGCUUUUGCCACUGUCUGGCCCUGCCCUGAACCCAAGCCAGGAGCUGGACAGGAAGCAUGUUGACACACUGAAGUCGCACUGAGGGGCGCUGUUGGAGGAUGGAAGCUGACAUAGCGUGCUGGGCUCCCAGGACUACUGGAGGGUUUCAGGAAGAGAAUGGGAUCUCUGUGGGGGCCUGGGCCUGGUGCUUACGCCUCCUGCUUUCCUAUUCUUGAUUCUCUUGGCCCAGGGGUUCUGGAACCACAGUAAGGGAAGUAGAAAGAGUCUCCUCUGGCUCCAGCACCCCUUCCCCACCAGCCAUAGAGAAAACAGAGCCUGGAGGCAGGAUACCCAGAGUGAGGGGGCUGUGGGUCAAGCCCAGAAGUUGUCUGUGCAAGAAUACCCCUUAGGGUGUCAGCUCACCU